AUGAGUGUCAAUUGGCUACCGUGGCCCACCCAACGCCUUCACGCUGCCUUGGAAAGCGAAGCGACAUGGGGAUAUGUGAUUUACCGCACCACCUACACCCCUCAGUCGGACACUGCAUUCCCCCGAUUCAUCGAUCUGCUCAAUACCUGCAUCAAAGACCAAUUAUUCUCCGAAUACGCCUUGGCCCAAAAGAAUAAAUCAGAGCGUGCAGAACCUACUCCUUAUCUGGAGAUAUGGGCUCGACACCGUCCAAUCUUCAUGACCGAUCCGGCGCAGUUCGAUGAAGCAUCAAUAGACUCGAUCCGUGCCCACUUUGAGUCAUGGGUAGUCUUGCAUGAGAAACGAGAUCAUCCAACUAUGUAUCGGACAUGUAUACUAUAUGACGAAGAGUCACAACGGGCAUUUCUGGACGCUUUGCUUCAGGAGGAAAAUAAUGAGUCUCGCAAGAAGGAGAUUCACCCAAUCCAUUGUGCCAAGUUGAUAACGGCACUGUCGGAGUCCGAUGACGACGACGAGUAUGAUGGUUUCAUGGGCGGGGAACGAUCGGAUAGGAAUGGUAUUGAUCCGAUCCCCCACAGGAAGGAUAUAGCAGCACUUUCGGAGUCUGAUGACGACGACUAUGACGGCUUCCUUGGGGGAUACAUUUGA